AUGGCCAACGCUAGGCAAACCGUCCAUCAGGAGGCCACCCAGAAUUUCACCGGCCUUGCUUCACCCAUCACCAUCCCACCCAUAGUCAACGACCACUCAUGGCAGAUUCCAUCUUAUGCCAUGCAGGCCAUAACCAAUAGUAUCCAAUUCCAUGGCCGAGACGAUGAGGAUGCCCCGGCCCACAUCAACCGUUUCUCUAGGAUGCUAGCGACCUUUAGCCUUCAAGGUGCACCAAACGAUGCUACCUACCUACAACUGUUCCCGUUCUCAUUAGCCGGUCGUGCAGCUACUUGGUUGGAUUCUCAACCAGCCGGUACUUUUACCACAUGGGCGGGGCUUCGUCAAGCCUUUCUGAACAAGUACUUCCCGCCCGCAAAAGCUUCACGACUCAGAGACGAGAUCCACUCUUUUCGCAUGGGGCCCGACGAGCCUUACUACUUUGCUUGGGAAAGGUUUCAAAACCUUUGUGCUCGUUGCUCCCAACACGGUCUUUCCGAUUGGGCCUUAUGUGAGAAGUUCUACAAUGGACUCACCCAAGAAACUAGGGAUAGGUUUGAUACGAAUGCAGGGGGGCAUAUGAUGGGUAUUCUUACAGUUCCUGAGUGCUUAGAGAGGUUCGAGGCAUUUGCUCAGUCUCAAUCUCAGUCACGUUCCGAUCAGAGGUAUCAAGGUGGUAAUUCUAAUACCACUACCAGCACACCCGCCCAAGGGGUGAACCACGUCACCGUGGAUCCUGGUCUAGCCUCUUUCUUGCAAAACAUGAAUAAGCAACUCAACGAAAUUCAAGCUAAGAUAGAUAAAUGUGAGUUUUGCCGAGGUGGACACGAUACGAAUGCGUGUCCUUUGCUAGUUGGUGAGGAACAGUGUGAUUACCUAGGAGGAGGGUUCGGUAGAGGCCAAUUUAGCGGUUCAGGUCCCACUAAUCCCUUGGGGUCGGGUUGGAGAAAUAAUAAUAAUAACUUCAAUAAUAAUAAUACUUUUCGUCCAAAUGGACCCCCUGGCUUUCAAAUGGCUCAAAACCCUAAUAGGGGCCAAAAUUCACUAUUUGGUGGGGGUUCAAGUGGGCAGUUCAACAAAGGGUUCAAUGGGCAGGUCAAAGAUGGGGGGUCAAAUAACCAGGGUCAAACAGGUCAAGGUUCAAGUUAUGACCUAGGAGGUAGUCUAGAACGAAUGGAGUCCAUGAUGAGUCAACUAAUUGUUAGAGACCAAACUACCCAAAAGACCUUAAGCGAACAUGACCUUUUGCUUAAAAAUCAUCAAGCCUCAUUCCAAGACCUUUCAAGAGUUGUAGGGGAUAUAUCUAGGAAGCUAGAAGAGAGGUUGCCCGGUCAGUUCGCGGGUAAUACAAAACCUAACCCUAAUGCCCAAGCCAAAGCCAUUACCACCCGUAGUGGCAAGACCUUAUAG